AUGUAUCCCCUUAAUUUCUCCACGCAUGGCUGGCAGCGACAUGGAACAGCCCCCGAUGAUGGAUCAUCGGCUUUGGAAUGGAAUGAAAACCUUCCACUGCCAGAUUUGGGUCCAACCAAUGUUCUUGUGAAGUAUCACUCGCGCUCAAUGAAUUAUCCCGAAAUUUCGAUUGCAAAUGGAACAUUUCCUUGGAAAUGCCCUGAUCACGUGGUAGUUCCUGGCUCCGACGGCGCCGGCGAGGUAAUCAGCAGAGGUUCCUCGGUCACAAAAUUUGCAAUUGGAGACAAGGUAAUACUUCAACACUAUCCCGGGUUCCGGGAUGGCCCAGCUCCAGCGAGCCUUCAAAAAGUACCAGGAACCCACAUGGAUGGAACGUUCUGCGAGCAUGGAGUUUGGGAUGAGAGUCAUCUCCUGCGUAUGCCAGAGUACUUGUCGUAUGAAGAGGCCGCGACAUUACCAUGCUCGGCGCUCACGGCCUGGAACUGUGUCCUUGGACCCACGCCUUUGAGGCAAGGUGAUUUCAUCUUGACCCAGGGCACCGGUGGAGUAUCGUUAUUUGCGAUUCAAUUCGCCAUCAAGCUUGGUGCUACCGUUAUUGCCACCACUUCCUCAGAAGAGAAGGCAGCCAAGCUGCGGUCCCUGGGUGCGCACCAUGUCAUCAACUAUAGAGAUGUCCCUGAAUGGGGUUCUCGAGCCCGGGAACUGGCGAGCAGCAAGGGGGGUUGCCAGAAGGUUGUUGAAAUCGGCGGUCCUGGGACAAUCGGGGAAAGUUUCAAAUGCGUUGCUCGUGGUGGGGAGAUCAACAUCGUUGGAUUCGUCACUGGAGUUGACUACAAAGAGAGCCCAAAUCUGCUAUCUCCUUUGCUCCAUCCUUGUACUGUUCGUGGAAUUGAAGUGGGCAAUCAAAUUCAUUUUGAAGGCAUGAUGAAGUUUAUGGAGGCAUGGAAGAUCAGGCCGGUGUUAGAAGAACGGCGAUUCUCGUUGCAAGAUAUCAAGGAGGCGUACAAGUACUUUUGGUCAGGAAAGCAUUUUGGAAAGAUGGUGAUCAGCAAUAUGUAA